UUCACUUCCUGUUGUGUACACGAAACUAGAUGAAAAUGACAACAUGAUCAUUGAAAACUUAAUCUAAUCAACUUUUAAAAGAAAUAAUUGUCUGUAAUUAAGUGUAUGUGAAAUGGCUACCCGGAGUCUAACGGAAGUAUUCAUUUUAAUGCGAAACAAUGCUCUACAAAGUAGAAACAUGUUUUCAGAACAGCUGGCAGAUGACCGGAUGGCUCUGAUGUCCAGUUGUCAUGUUGAUCUCGAGCGCGGCACCGCCAGCACCAAGGCCUCCCGGCUUCCUCCAGAAUGGGUAGAUGGAGUGGAGGAGGUCCAGUUUGAAAUGUCUAAAAUCAAACAGAAAAUGAAAGAGCUUGCAACUCUUCAUGACCGACAUUUAAAUCGUCCUACCCUAGAUGACAGUAUACAAGAGGAACACACCAUAGAAAUUAUGACCCAAGAAAUCACACAAAUGUUCACCAGAUGUCAGAGACUGGUCCAACAGAUAAAUAGUCGAAGUUUCCAUGGCACAGAGCAGGAAAAGCGACUAUCUACAAACAUCGUCUCCUCUCUAGUACGCUCACUGCAGGAAAUGUCCACCAACUUCAGGAAAAGCCAAUCAGUAUACUUAAAAAAAAUCAAGUCUCGGGAGGAGAGGUCGCGUGAGUUUUUUGACUCCAGUAUAGGACCAGACUCGGCAUUGAUGCAGGAGUCGGACCCCUUCACCGAGCACUACGACAAGGGUUUGGAAAUGGAGAGUUUUUCAAAAGCUCAAGUCCAGAUGGUGGAGGAAAACACAACAGCAGUUCGCCACCGCGAAAAAGAAAUCACGCAAAUCGUGAAAUCCAUACAUGAUUUAAACGACAUUUUCCGCGACCUGUCGCAAAUGGUGGUCGACCAAGGAACAAUACUGGACCGCAUAGACUAUAACGUAGAACACGCCAGUGUGCAGGUGGAGAAAGGACUGAAGCAGCUACAGAAGGCCGAGAAAUACCAGAAGAAAAACCGCAAAAUGCUGAUCAUCAUCGUCCUGACAUGUCUGAUCGUCAUCCUCAUCUUUGUGUUAGUCGGAGUCAAGAGCUAGGCCACCUGGUGCAAUGUGUGUUUUAUGUUGGAAAAGUCAGCGAUGUUUCUGUGUAUUUGUGUUGAGGAUGAUUGUUAUUGCAUCUUGAUAUCACUUGAAUACAAAAGUUUAAAUAUUUUCACAACUAUUAGAUACUUCCAGAUUGGGAGUCACUCCGUGGAUAAAUUAUCCAGUUGUGAACUUUAUAGCAAGCUUUUAGUAUAAACAGUUGCAGUCAUUACAUUAUACAAUCAAUUAGCAUUACCCAAGACAUUCCUGAUCAAGGACUUAUACAUUCAUUACUUACAUUACAGUGUUUGGAAUGGUGUGCAUGUAUUGUAAUGUAUCUAAAACUGGAAGCAAAGAAUCUCUGUAGUUGUACACUCCAUAGUUACUCCAGGCAUUGACAAUCUUUACAUGUAGGGUCUUUCUGAUUUUCAUUUAUUUUCAAAUAUUUCUUGCCAAAAGACAUGAAAGAAACGCAAUAUAAAAGCUUCAAGCUUUAUUCAGAAGAGGAAGAAAACUGUUGUGAAGAGAUAACUUAAAAUUUGCAUCUAAAGUAGGCUGGAGAUACAUAAAGGUAUAUUGCCAUAGUUACAUAGAGUUAUGUGUAGUUACAAAGAGUAACACUGAGUUAUAUAGUCAUAUUUACAUUAAGUUACAUAGAGUUCCACUGAGUUACCUAGAGUCACAUUUAGAAGUCGGGGUACCCUGUCUCCCCCUCGUUCCGUCACACACAAACUUCUGUGAGAUCUAGUCAAUUUGAGACGGUUGUGAUUCAUUUUUUUUAACAUUCCAAACUUUCAUCAGUGAGCACAAAUGACAUUCAUUGGUUUACAGGCACAUAGCACCAUUUCUGUCCAGGGGUAAAGAAGGUGGAUUGUCGGGAACAUCUUGACAAGCAAGCAUUAAAUCACACGUGGCCAACCUUCAAAUUCUUAAUAGACAGUAGGAGGGGAUAUAAAGAUUUAAAGGAUUAUUCCAUAUUUGAAAAAAGAGGGUCCAGCCCCUGUUUUUGCUACGUGCCUGUUUUACUUAUUAAGUUUACACUUGGUGCAAUAGAGACCCUAGCACUGUGUAGUCUGAGGUUUCAUCGGUCAGCAUAUUAAGUGUUUUAUGAAUGGGUCCCCAUUAUUUAGAACAAUCUUGUUUUGUAGAUUUUCUGUGAGAGAAAGAUAUGUUAGUGUACUGUAUUUGUCUUGAUGUUGAAAUCUGUGAUAUAAAUGAAAUAAAAACAAAGUAACAACACUU